UCCUUCUAUUCUAACUCGCGCCUCUCCACGGGCCUCUUUCCAUAUUUCCUAGAACUGGAAUUCUAGGGUUAGGGUUUCUAGUUCUGUCAUUAGAUCAAAGAGAUCUAAAUCGUCCAUAUGGCCUCUCCUUCAGAUCUACAACGGAUCAAAGGUCCAUGGAGUCCGGAAGAAGAUCAAUGCCUCCAGAAGCUCGUAAGCAAGCAUGGCCAGCGGAACUGGACCCUGAUCAGCAAAUCCAUCCCAGGCCGAUCCGGCAAGUCCUGCCGCCUCAGAUGGUGUAAUCAGCUCUCGCCGCAGGUCGCGCACCGUCCGUUUACUGCCGAGGAAGACAAGAUCAUAGUCCAGGCUCAUGACAGGCUCGGCAACAAGUGGGCCACGAUCGCUCGUCUUCUCACCGGCCGCACCGACAACUCCAUCAAAAACCAUUGGAAUUCAACACUCAAGAGAAAAUGCCGUCCGGCAUCAUCAGAAGACGCGGCAGCGGAUCUCGACGCUGUUCCAGAUGAGCCACCGGCGAAGCGGUCGAUGAGCGCCGGAGCCGGGCCUAGCAGCACAUCCGGAUCGGAUCUAAGCGAUUUUAGCCUUCAACGGCUCGCAUCUUCUUCUAACGUCUACCGACCUGUGGCGAGAACCGGACCAGUCCAGCCACCAUCCCUGCAAGUUGAGAUCUCAUCCCCUGCCCCAAAUACCAUUCCAUCAACAUCUGUUGACCUAUCCCUAUCUCUUUGGAUCGGAUCGCCUGAUGACUCAAGAUCGUCUCCCAAAUCAAGCCCUAGCGAACAGAUUGCCCAAAACAGUACAGCUGAGAAUCUUGAAAAUAGGCAAUUUGCUUUGAGUAAGGAGUUUGUAUUAGUGAUGCAGGAAAUGAUUAGAGAAGAAGUGAAGAGUUAUAUGUUGGGUAUGACUCAAAAGAGUAGAUAUUGUUUUCAAGCAGCAGAGAGUAUGAAUGAUCCAUUGGUGAAGUGGAUCGGAGUUCCGAAAACGGAGUAGUGAAAUUAGGAGGUGAAAUUAGGAGAUAAUCAUCAUUCUUCUUCGAUACCUAAUAAUCUUUGGGUAGAUUUAAGUGUACAGAUGGAAGAGAAGAAUGAUAUUUUUAUUUUUAUAUUUUAUUUUAUUUUUUUGAAUUGGAUAUUUGAGUAAAACAGUGAAACUACAUAAACUGAUGUUUUUUUAUUAGAAUUUCAAAAUCCAGUAAAAUUUCAAUCCUAACUUUAAA